CUCAAGAAAGAAAAAAAAAAUGCCUUCUUUUGCUUUUGGAUCUCAUCACCAUUUGGCGAAUCCUAGAGACUCGCCGUACUCCGUCGAAAUUAGCGUCGACGGUGACUCCUCCGACUUGGAUUCUUUGUCUGAGGUCGAUUUAGAGUCCGGCGGUGUACCGGCGCCGGAGAAAAAGCUACAUUCCGGUGGUAAGAAGAGGAGAACAAGGAGGAGAAAGAGGAGGAAGAAGAAGAAGAAAGGUGGAAGAGAUUGCAGGAUCUGUCAUCUUCCUUUAGAGACUAACAAAGAAGCUGGAGAGGAAGAAGAAGAAGAAGAUGAUGAUUCUGAUUCUGAUGAAGAUGAAGAAGAUGAAGAAGAAGAAGAGUAUUAUGGUGUGCCUUUGCAAUUAGGUUGCUCUUGUAAAGGUGAUUUGGGUGUAGCUCAUAGUAAGUGUGCUGAGACUUGGUUCAAGAUCAAAGGAAACAUGACAUGUGAGAUAUGUGGCGCAAUGGCUCUAAACGUGGCUGGUGAACAAUCAAAUCCGGAGAGCACUGCCUCUACCCAUUCACAAGCAGCUGCGGGACAAUCUCAAACUCAGACAGAGCCACGGGGAAUCUGGCAUGGUCGCCCUGUUAUGAACUUCUUACUUGCCGCUAUGGUCUUCGCCUUCGUUGUUUCUUGGCUUUUUCACUUCAAAGUCCUCAAGUGAAACGUUUUCCAUCUCUCUCUAUUUCGCCCACCCGCACGCGCUCACUCUUCUCCUGUUCUUGAGCCGCUUGCAAUCGCUGAAUCAAUCCCUCCUGUUGCUUGAUUAUUCACACGUUUUGUAGCUGUAAAAACUUGGUAGUGUUUAGAUUGUUCAUUGUUGUGACUUGUGAGAUUUACAUCUUGUAUAAUAUUAUCCUCUGCUCCGGCUUGGUGAAACUUCUGUAUGGUCAGGAGGGUCUUAGCUCUUUUGGUUUCAGACACAAACAUCUUUGGCUUUAAAAACUGGUAAUAGAUAAAUACUGGACAA